AUGAAACAAGUUUAUAAAAAAGGACAACAUAGUUAGUUGGUUGUGUAGAUCCUUCAGAAGCUAUACUAAUAUUCAAAGAUAGGAGCUAUAUACUUUUGGCAAAACGUCUGUAAGAAAGAAGAGAUAUAUACUCUACUGUUUCUGGGAAUAUUCAUCAUUCAGUGUUACAACACUUUGACAUAUGACGCAUAAUUCAACUACUUUUCACUUAACACUAUUAAGAUCUCAGCUGUGGUUAGUUUUGGACUCAUGGUUUGGGCACACAUCAUAGACAAGGAAGUAGAGUAGAAGUACAAAGUCCAACUCAAGAACUACCAGCAAAGGCAUUAAAGAUUCUAAAUGAACUUGAUGUAAGGACUGAAGCAGCAGGAACAAACCAAGCAAAGGCAACUUAGAGAGUUUAACAAACCUCUUAUUCCAGAGUAGCGCAAUAAUAGUGUGAACACUCUUGAGGAAUAAAAAUAAUUCAUGAAACAAUAUUAAGAAUGGUACCCCUUCCAAAGGCAGUUAUCAACGAAUGCUCCCAGGGUGUAAGAACCUUUUAAACUCUAUUAUAAUGAUCAGAAGCAGGCUGAGAAUAUUAACAUGCAAAGAAACUUUACCAAGUACGGGCAACAGUUUAUGAGUGAGGAGCUUCCAGUGCAUCAGCAAUUCAAGAAAAUAGAUAGAAACAUAGUAAUUGAAAGCAUGAAAAGUAAUUUUCAUAGGAAGAUUGAAGCCUCCGAGCACUAUUUCUUGGAGAUAGCCAGAAAGACCAAGCAGUAUACCUUUAACUACACAUUCAUGCAGGUAAUUAAAGAGUAUCAAAUUACUUUGAGAGAGUUAUGCGAUAUAUUGGCUAGAUUCUACAGAGUGGUUCUGGUUGAGAAUGAACAUGAGAGCGUUGACGAUUUAAUAGAUGACAUUGCUGAUUUAUAUAUCGAGCAUGAAAGGUUUAGGCAGUAGGAGGUUUCUAAAUCAAUAACCAAGUUUAGAUUUAUAAGUUUAGAAGAGCUAUUGUCAAUGAAAAUCUCAAACAUUUAAAGCAGAUAUCAAAAUGAUGAUGCAACUAAAUAUGAAAACAAAGUGUAGCUUAAGACUGAUCAUAAUCAAAGACUUGCAUACCUGCUAGAUAAUAUGUUUGCUGUCAAUGAAAUCUUGAGAAGUGUAAAUAGCAUUAACAUAGAUUAUUCAGGCUCACAAAUAUACAUACUUAAGCGAAUGGCAUUUUUAAUAUAAGACCCAGAAGAUUACAAUUAUAAAGGUGGUUCAAUAAAGAUGUUAUACAAAGGUUAGACCUGGUCUAAACUCUUACCAAGUGAUCCAGAGCUUGUUGCCUCAGUCUUUUGUGCUCUCUUAGAUGACUCUUACUUCAUUGAUGAUGAAAAGAAGAAGAGAGGCAUCAGACAUUAUAUAGACUCAACAGACCAGCAUAGAGCAAAGAGGACUGCAGAAGAUUAAGUUGCCUUAAUCAAUACCUAGCAUGUUGGUUAUGUCCCUUACUAUCACUAUGUGGCUCAACAAAAGAUUCAUCCUGUUCCUGACGGUAAAUUCAACGUUUUCUAUGCCAUUGCAAUGAUUUAUGCACAGAUCGCUAAGAUGCCAAAGCAGAAAUAUGUGAGUGGAGAGUAUCAUGUUGCCAUUCAAAAUACUAUAGAACUUAAUAAUUACCCUAGAUUAUAUUGA